GGUCAGUCUCAGGAAAGAUUUUAUCGGUAAAUGUAUCUGGAUGCGACAACGAACCUUGCAUAUUUUAUUCAGAGACCAAUGAAACGCUUAGUGCCUCGUUCAUCUCCAAUGUGGAAUCAACAAAACCAACAACUCAUGUAACAGGAAUCAUAGGUGGCGUUCCGAUUUCAUUUCCGGCAGAGAAAAACACGUGUGUUUCACAGACAAAAUGCCCUCUAGAGCCAGGGAAGCAAAACACGUUUGCCAUUACAGUGCCUGUUUUAAAACAGUAUCCUCACAUAAGUCUUUUGGUCAAAACUGAAGUUCAGGACGAUACCGGAAAAGAUAUAUUCUGUUUUGUUUUUCCUGCAGAAAUAAAACCUAAACCAUAUUUUUUUAAAUCAUUUUUUAUCAUUUCUGUCACGAUAAACGAAGAACGGUCACAUAUUGCUCAAUAA